AUGUCAUGUCCAGAAUUGCUCCAAGGAGCAGCCGGGUCUUCUUUUACGAAUUUGGUGACACAUCUUCUAGCUGCCCAAUGCCUCAUCUCUGAAUCCUGGCCCAGGGAUCACGGAGACCUGAUUUCAGAUGGAGAUUCAUUUGAUUUUAUUAUUGUCGGUUCGGGUACAGCUGGAUCGAUCGUUGCUAACAGACUUACAGAAGUGUCGAAUUGGAGGGUGUUAUUAAUAGAGGCGGGUGGUGAUCCACAAACGGAUUCUAUUAUUCCAAACUUUUCUGGAGCGACACACUAUAGUAAAGACGCAUGGCAAUAUUACACAGAAAAAGAUGAGACGACGAACAGAGGAUGUGUCAAUGGCAAAUCUUUUUGGCCUCGGGGUAGAACGUUGGGCGGUACCGGAUCCAUCAAUGGCCUACUUCAUAUGAAAGGUAGCGCUUAUGACUACGCGUCAUGGCACGUUGCACCCAACGACGGGUGGGAUUGGAAAACAAUAACAAAAUACUUCAUGAAAAGUGAAAAAAAUAUUGAUCCAUUUAUUCUUAAUAAUUCAGAACUUCGAAAGCACCACGGUACUAAUGGAGAAUUUAUAGUUGAUCAACUGAAUUGUCUACAUACAGAAUUUACAGAAACCCUUACCAUGGCAUACAAAGAUUUAGGUUUAAAGUAUUUGGAUGAUCUGAACGGGCCUAGUCAAAUGGGAUUUGGAAAAAUUCGAGGAGGUAACUUUAAAGGACGAAGAGUAAGCACAGCUACAGCUUUUCUAAAUAAAAUCCAGGAGCGGAAAAAUUUAUAUAUUUUAAAGAACACAUUUGUUAAUAAAGUAAUAUUUGAAAACAAAGUAGCCAGGGGUGUCGAAGUUACCUUGCCUAACAAUAAUGAAGCUAAAUUUUUUACUAGUAAAGAUGUAAUAUUAAGUGCUGGAUCAGUAAAUACACCUGUUUUACUGAUGCUAUCAGGUAUUGGACCUAAACUACAUUUAGAUACUUUAGGCAUCGAGGUUGUCUCUGAUUUACGAGUCGGAGAAAAUCUACAGGAUCACGUUAGAAUUCCUAUACCUGUGACAAUUAAUACGGGGGCUAAGGCAAAAAGUGAAACAUUUUGGUUGAACGCGGCUUAUCAAUAUUUAACAGAACAGAAGGGUCCACAUGCAACCAACUACGACCAACCAAAUAUAAAUGCAUUUCUAUCUGUUCCAGACGGUAAAAGUCUUCCUGAUGUACAAAUAGACCAUAACUAUUUUGUGCCAAAUACAUCUUACGUAUAUUCAAUGUGUCGAAAUGUAUUGUCGUUUAAUGAAGAUAUAUGUAAACAAUAUUCUAGAAUGAAUACAGGCAGCGAAUUGAUAAUUUUCUUUGUAUCUCUGUGUAGGCCUUAUUCUAGGGGAAAAAUUUUGAUACGCUCCAACGAUCCCAAAGAACAUCCAAAGAUUUAUUCGAAAUACUUCAGCCACCCGAAAGAUAUGGAAGUAUUUGUGAAAAGCUUGAAAAGAGUAAUACAAAUUGUUGACACUGAUACUUUUAAAAAGGCAAACGCCGAGUUAAAGAGAAUAUACUUCAAAGAUUGUGAUCAUUAUGAUUUAGGUAGUGAUAGCUACUGGGAAUGCAUGGCCAGAACGCUAACAUAUAAUGUUUAUCACCCAGUAGGUACUGCAAAGAUGGGGUCUACUGCGGACUCUACCUCUGUCGUGGAUAGUCAUUUAAAAGUUAUUGGCGUCAGUGGACUGAGAGUGAUAGAUGCAAGCAUUAUGCCUACGAUUCCCAGUGUUAAUACCAACGCUGCAACCAUGAUGAUAGCUGAAAGAGGUUCUGACUUUAUAAAAGAGAAAUAUUUAAAAAUAAGCAGUAAGGACGAACUGUAA